GUGUGGAUAUGUACAUGAAUUUUAUUCAGCCAAUCAAAAGCCAACGAUAAAGAUGUGUAUGUAGCAUACGAUGCAACGAGUCAUAUACUACCUUUGGAUAUGUAUAGAGUUGCGUAUAUGAUUCAAUUCUAGUUCGCGUAUUCGGUUUGAUUCUAACCUUGCAGAAUGCUGAUAGGAAUUCGAAUUUGUUGGUAAAAUGUCAAAUCGUUGGGGCAGCGACUAUGUGGUUACCGAACAUCGUGAUUUACAGGCUAAUACUAUGGCCGUGGAUGCGACGGGUAAUUAUGUAUUACUUGCCGGACGCAGAUGUUUUGCGGUAAAACACCUUGACGAAAGUCUUGAUAUAUUAAAAAAAUUUCAAAGACAGAGUAAAUAUGAAGUUGGCUCUGCAGAAUGGAAUCCUACAAAGCAAUACACGUAUUGAAAUAUUAUCUCUUAUUGGAACUGGUAGUUAUGACUUACAAACAACAAAUAGUUUAAAAGCACAUACAAGAGUUGUGAGUGAUUUAAACUGGCAUCCUAAAGAACCAGACAUCAUUGCUUCUUGUAGUAUUGAUACAUUUAUACAUAUAUGGGAUAUAAGAGAUCAAAGACGGCCUUCUUUAUCUUUAUCUGCAGUUGCUGGUUCUUCUCAAGUAAGAUGGAACACUCUUUCUCCCAACAUAUUGGCAACAGCUCAUGAUGGAGAUAUUAAAAUAUGGGAUCAAAGAAAAGGAAAUAGUCCUAUGCAAUAUAUAGCUGCUCAUUUAACAAAAAUACAUGGUUUAGAUUGGUGUCCAUUUCAACAAAAUCAAUUGGCAACAUCUAGUCAAGAUUGUACUGUAAAAAUCUUUGAUAUCAGUAAUCCACGAAGAGCUGAAAGCAUUUUAACAACAAAUUCACCAGUAUGGAGGGCAAGAUAUACGCCAUUCGGAGAGGGACUGGUAACAAUAGUAGUACCACAAUUACGACGAGGAGAAAAUAGUUUAUUAUUAUGGAAUACAACAAAUCUCAAUGCUCCUAUUUAUACUUUUGUAGGACAUACAGAUGUUGUUCUUGAAUUUCAAUGGAGACACCAAAAAUUAGAAAAUAGUGAUUUUGAACUAAUUACAUGGUCAAAAGAUCAAUGUUUAAGGAUAUAUAAAAUUGAUCCUUUUUUAAAAAAAUUAUGUGGACAUGGUAUAGAUGAUAGUACAUCUAUUUAUACUCAGUAUUCUGAAGAUAAUAAUUUGAGAACAUUACAAUCUGUCCAACAAUUACAGCUUAAUGAUAGUCAAAGUGAUCGCGAAAUGAAUUGUAUGACAACCAAAGUAGAUGAACCUAUAUUGAAUUCUGAAGUAGAUAUAUAUAUUGAAAAUAAUAAAGAAAUAUCAUCUCCUACACAACCGAAGACUCUGCAACAAGAAUUUUCAUUAAUAAAUAUGAACAUACCAAAUAUAGAGGUCAAUGCAAUGGAUGCUGUAGAACGUAGUUGUACAGUAACAGCAUCCAAUAAAAGUUAUAAUGUGAUAUUGAAAGUAAAUUUCCCUCCAAAUUACCCAUAUAGUGCACAACCUACAUUCCAAUUUUGUCCUGGGACAACAAUUGACAAUACAACAUUGGCAAAAUUGCUAAAAGUUUUAAAGCAAACUGCUCAACAACGUGUUAAAAAAAAUAGAUCAUGUUUAGAACCUUGUCUUAGACAAUUAAUUACAACAUUGGAACAAACAUGUAAAAAAGAUGAAAAUGAAAGUACUCAUUUAGGAUAUGACAUUCAAGAUAAUGCGAAUUUUUUAAAUUCUUCUAAUAUGUAUACAAAUUAUCAAGAUGCCUAUAUACCAUUUCCUAGAACAUCUGGUGCAAAGUUUUGUUGUGUAGGUAUACUUGUAUGUUUUGGUCGUGCUUCAUAUACGAGAAGAUCAUCUAUGAAGCCUGAGUGUACAACACCUAGAGCACUUUCUGCAUUAGGAAAUGGAAUAGGCAGUGGAGAACAUUUUAUACAUAUGUAUCCAAAUUCUUAUGUACAGUCAAAUGAUAACAUUCCUAUUAGUUCCUUUUAUUUUCAAGAUCGAAAAAUGAAUCGUGGAUUACAUAAUACGAAUAGAAUGACCUAUAGGUCAUGUUGUAAAAAUUAUCACUUUAUGGUGAUGAUAUACGAUGCUUCUUCAUUAUUUUUCGUUAAUAAAGAACUUGCCGAAAAAUAUGUUAUCAAUAUCACCGACAUUCCGGCAAUGUGUCAAUAUAAUGCAAAUGUUGCUGCAUCAUUAGAACGUGCUGAUUUAGUUCAAGCAUGGUGUUUAGCUGCUCUUGUGAUAUCACAACCAAUUUCAAAUGUUGGACAAAAUUCAUGUCAGUCGCCUGAUAUCGAUGCUCCAUGGCAUUUACAUCCUUUUGGUCAAAAUUUAAUUCAUUCUUUAAUACAGCAUUAUGCUAAACAAUCAGAUAUUCAAAUGGCAGGAAUGCUGAGUUGUGCUUUUAGUUAUCGUUCGGAAAAUCCUGAUGUUGCUCAAACACGAAUGAGUAGCAAAUCCAUUAACAUUAGUAGGCUUUCUACAGGAAAAUGGUGGUUAAAGCCUGGUGGUUCUCCGUAUCAUACAAUACAUUUAGCCGAUACUACAUUGGAAGGAUGGAACUUCCAAAAUUUGAAGCAACAUCGAUCUAAUUCGUGGUCUGAUUCUCUUGAUGACUUAAAAUUAAUUCAAGAUACAUUUGGAGAUUCUGUAAAAAAUAUUAGGUUACUUGAUGAAAAAUAUACUACUCUUUAUGAUGGUUAUAAAAAAGCAUACGCCGAAGUAUUACAUAGAUGGCGAUUAUUAGAUGCACGUGCACAAGUAUUAAAACACGUAAGCACAACUCCAUUAGAUACACACAAAGGCGUCGAAUUUCAGAGCGAAUGUCAAUUGUGUGGCAAAGUUAGCAGAGGGCCUCAAUGUAUGAACUGUAAACGAUUAGCAUUAGAAUGUGUAAUUUGUCAUAUCUCUGUUAGAGGUCCAAGUAAUUUUUGUAUAUUUUGCGGACAUGGAGGUCACACACAACAUUUGGCAACAUGGUUUGCUACUAAAACAUUGUGUCCUACGGGUUGUGGAUGUUACUGUUUGCAAGAAAGUUCUGCUCUUUUAAAAUUGUAAAUAAAAGAUUUAAAAAAUUGUAUAUAAAACUGUGAAAAAAAUAUUAGGAUAUAAUAAAUAAUAUUUUAAAAUAUAAU